UACCUUGGAAACAGUAUUACGGCAGUGGAACUGGGAGCACUGAGGAGGGGCGUGAGCCAAGCUGGAGUUUAUCACAAUCUCUGGAGAGUGAUGAACAAGAGGGGUUGGCGGGGGGGUGGAGGGGUCCACACACACACACACACAGCAGCAGCAGGCACACUCCACACACUGUGGGUGGAAGAGAUAUAAAAGGGCUCCCAGGGAGAAAGAGCGGUCAGGCAAGCGUCCGAGCGGCCGUCCUGCUCAUUUCUACUGCUGCGCGUCACUGAGUGUUUACGCGAAUGUGUGUGUGUGUGUGUGUGUAUAUAAGUGAGAAAGUGCACAUGGGUAUGGAGAGAAGCGUGCUGUCUACACCACAAAGGAAUAAAGUCUGACAGGUUGCAUUUUUUUUUUCAAAAGAUAAAAGGAAGCAACGAUUUACUGGAUGGGGGCAGUUGAAGAGUUACUGAAGCCUGGCUGUUCUUGAACCUGAAAAUAGUGUUUGAUUUUCAGGUUUUUUCGGUUGAGUUGUUUACUCCUCUCUCUCCCUGGGUAUUGUGAGUGAGUACUUUUUACGUCCACCACAGGGAGUCAAGAAGUGACUCCUGAGCAGAGGAAUCUGAACAGAAGCUGCGAUUUCCAGACUGUGGUUUGUUUUUUUUUACUCUUUUUUUUUGUCAUUUGAUGUUCUGAGGCAGAAUGGACACCUCACUUUUAUCAGAUGUAGACUACAAUCAGACUUUUGCAGAUGAGCACUUUUACUUUGCGGACAGUAUUGAUGGCUUUGGCAUCACCAUGGCUAUACUCUACUUGGUGGUAUGCAUUCUGGGAUUAGCCGGGAACAUCCUCGUCAUCGUUGCCACUCUAAAAUUGGACAAAAUGUCAUCUUCCACAACAGUGUACAUAUUCAAUCUGGCACUGGCCGAUGGACUCUUCAUGGUUGGUCUUCCCUUCAUCGCCAGCCAGAACUUCCAGAAUCAUUGGGUGUUUGGCGACAUUGCGUGCAAAGUGGUCAUGGUGUUGGACGGCAUCAACCAGUUCACCAGUGUUUUCUGCCUGACUGUGAUGAGCAUCGACCGUUACAUGGCGCUGGCCGACCCGCUACGGUUCGCCCGUUGGAGAACGCCACGAUGCGCCAAGAUUGUUUCGGCAUUCUUGUGGUUGUUCUCGCUCCUCACCAUUCUUCCCAUGGCACUUCACUUCUCAGCUGAUCAAGGCCUGUGUAUACCAGACCUUGUUUCGGAUACCUGGUGGCUAGGCGUCUUGUCUUACACUUUCGUCAUGGGCUUCGCUUUGCCAUUCAUGGUCAUGAUGGGUUCCUACACAGCGCUGCUGCUCACCCUGAGGUCCCAGCGGCUCAGAGCAAUGACACCGAACCAAGAGAGCCAAAGGCUGGAGCAACAGGUCACCAAAAUGGUGGUAGCAGUGGUUGUAGUGUUUGGGAUGUGCUGGCUGCCAUUUUACACCUUCAACUUCUGCUCUCUGUAUCAGUCUGGCCUGGUCCAGAACUUUGCCAGAGCUUUUGAGUUUGUGGUGCUGCUGUCGUACUCGUGGAGCUGCGCUAACCCCAUCCUCUACGCCUGCCUCUCAGACACCUUUAGGAAACACUUCCGCACCCUCCUCUGCUCUGCUGCAAAGACAUCUCCCAGCAUGCAAUGCAACACUGAACGGUAUGACUUAAAUGACACAACUGUGCGGGAUGUGACCCUUCUGGCAUAAGAAAGGACCAAAAACUGACUCACCACAUCACGCCAUUUCCUGUCCUGAUGCACUGCAUGAUACUUCUUUAAUAUUAUUUACUCAUUUGAUGGUUUGUAUGAUAUUGUUUGAUAUGUGAUGAAUUCUCACUUUGUUUUUAAUAUCUCCACUUAACUUAGAAUGUGUUGAAGGUACAGUUGCCUACGAGAAUAACUUUGCUUCCCAGGUGGUCAGAUUUGCUGUCAUUCUGACUAUUUAUUGAACGUUUACAAGGCUGUCACUGUCAGUCAAUCAAUAUCUCAAACACUAUGGUUUAUAGAGAGUGGGGUUUUCAACGUACUUGUGUUGAUCAUAUGUGUCACAGUGUUUGUACAGACUGAAUCUUCCUGCCCAUCUUCAACUCUUUCUUUCCUGUAGAAAUAAACAGUUUUUACUUACUUACUAUUUCUCAGGAGGACUUUCUUUAAUGGGAUGAAAAAAGGCAAAAAGGAAGGAAAAUGCCUAUCAAAAAGCACGAUUCAAUUUGACCUUCCACAACACUCUCUUGAUCCGAUAAAUCACCUGUCUUGAUAGAUUUCAUUCAGACAGAGUUGUGGGUGGGUCUAUGCCCUGUUGUAUAAUUUGUCUUGUAAGAACUCGACCUGCUGAGGCGACCCGCUCUCCUGAAUCUCCUGUUAUGGUGCACUUCACCAGAACUAAUGAAAUGAGGCACAAAAGGGAUGAAGUGCAGACAGGUUGAGUGUAAACAGAAUAACAUGGGUCACAUGCCUGUGGCCAAACACCAGUACAAAGACCCCCACUCCCACAGCUGGAUUAAGUCCUAGUGGCUUUAAGUGUAAACGUGUCAGAUGUGUGUUUGUCCCUGGGUGGACAUUUGCGUGCACCUGUACACAAGCAUGUAGGGAACCUUGUGUGCCACGGGCUUAUUCUGCUUAAUCCUGACUUACUUAAGAGGAUUCCCAAAAGAAACACAUUUGUUUACUGAGUUAGUUCCUACAACGUGAGUGGCCAAAAACCAAAAACAGUACUUGUCUUGUGUUACAGUAAGUGUCUUCAAAAUGGAUUCUGGCACUUCAUUUCAGUUUUGUUCUUAGCUGAAAAACUAUGUCUACAAUUGAGAAAAAGGUGUCUUGGGUUUGCUUUAAUGAAAAUGCAGUUUGAUGUAAAGUCACACAUAGGCAUGGAAUCCGACCAAUCCAAUUUCAAAUAAUUUUCAUGUAAUGAGUUUAAGACCCUGUCCUCCUAAAAUGUACAUGUACACUGGGUCAUUGGAUUUAAAACAGUGGGGAAGAAAACAUAAACCCACCCCAAAAUAGGUGCAUACAUGAUAUUUUCCCAAUCAACAAACAAAGACAUUUUUGCACACAUAUGCAGGGGAAAAAAAUAAAUAGAAGACAGGCGGCUCAUGUGCAAACACUCCUGCCAAAAGUGGAUUAUUAGAGCAGAUGUUGGCUGUCAAAGUAAAUAUGUGUGAAUGAAAAAAUUAUGCGUUAUUUGUUUAGAAACAGAAUGUGUACCAGAGAUAUGAAAUUUUAAACCUGUUAUUCAUGUAAUCCAUUCACAGCACAUGUAAACACAAAAACAAGUUUUGUAAAGCCAGUGCUGUCGUGAGGUUUAUUGAGGCUGUCAAUCAUUGGACUGGGACUUCACUUAUACUGAUCACAUCAUAUAGUUAAUCUACAUAUGAGCAUUUGUCAGAUGAUUUUGCUAUACUGAUUGUAAAUAAAUAUAUAUAUUGCUUGUG